GAAUCCAACACUUGACUCCCUCUGUCAGAACAAGUCACAUUGCCCGUUUGCCCUCCGGCCUGAUCGUCCACCAUCAUCCCCCGAAAACACGAGUCUUCAAGGUGUGCCUUCAAAAGUGUCAACCUGUCAAUUCGAAUUUUCAUAGUUCCUUAGUACCGUGCUCCCUUUAUAUAUUCCCUUUCGAGUUUAGGAAAGUUGAUUCGAGGGAUCAUCGAGGGAUGGAUUGCCGGUCGGUUGUUUGAGUGGACGGUUUACGAUCAGUGGCUGGAGAAACUGUAGGAUGGUGAUGAUUGCUCGAGUAAAAUGUUUCCACUAAUUUGACGGACAUCGCGAUUCUUUUGUAGAAAGAUGGUAAAAUGUUUUUGGGGGGGGAUAAUGUAAUAAUUAUCAGGUUGAAACGCAGAUAUGAAGUAGAUGAUCGUGAGUGUGUUUAAUAAAAAAAAGUGUAGUAGUUGACAGAGUGCAGUUUGUAAAUUUUCUUUUCUUUAUCCUCUUCGAUCGUAAAUUAUUGAAAAAAGUGAAGCUUGUUGCACUCGAGUUGGACGUCACCGGAGUUGUGUACGAGUAAAUAUUUCGUGAGAAUGCGUUAGAAUGUUGUCUUCCUCUGGAACCCCUUUCAGUGUCCGCGAUAUUCUUAGCGAGGAUCAGCAAUUAGGAAUCAUGGAUUGCUAUCCUUCCGUGCAUCAUCAGCACCAGCUGCAACAGCAACACGUGCCGCAAGAGUAUUACGGUUACAAUACGAUCGUGCAGGAGAACAAUUGGGACGUGGAGAAGUUCAAGGAACAAGGCUCGAUGCCGGCAUACGCUCACUAUCCGGACUUGAGCCACGUUCAUCAGUUGAAUUCGAUCGCUCCUCCGUAUCAAGAUCCACCGGUUACGGAAGAUGGUAACGUGGUUACGUCGAGCAAAACGGAGUUACGGAAGAGUCAGUCUGGCAAGAGAACAAAACGGAAGCCCAGGGUGCUCUUUUCUCAAAAUCAGGUGUACGAGUUGGAGCAGCGAUUCAAGCAGCAACGAUACUUGAGCGCCCCUGAGAGAGAGCUACUCGCCCAGACCCUGAAACUGACCAGCACCCAGGUGAAGAUCUGGUUCCAGAACCGGCGAUACAAGAACAAACGGGCGAGGUUGGAGGGCGUGGAGAGCCUCCAAGCGCAAAACGCAAUGAAGAGCCAAUCUCUGAAGAAGAUCCACGUGCCGGUACUGAUCAAGGAUGGAAAGCCAAACCUUCAAGAUACCUACAACCCCUCUUACUGGUCCAACAUCAGGCCGGAUCUCGGCGUGGCGAUGCAGCCGGAUUACAGAACGAUGAACGAAAUUCGCUUGAGCCCGGAAUUCAGGACGGCGAACGGCGACAUGAGGAUGGACACGAGCAUCAGCCCGCAGUUCAAGACGGAGAUAACCUCUGAACUGGGCGGGAAGUCGAGUUUGAACGGGGAGGUUCAAGCUAGGCAGCACGUCCUCGCUGUGGCCGACUUCAGGAAUAAUUUGGAUCCUCGUGUGCACGAUUGUCACAGGCAGAUGAAGGGAAGCCAAGGGAGCGGCGACGAAACCAACCAUGUUACCCCGUUCCCGGAAGUGAAGAACAUCAGCACGGACAGUAAGGUUAUGGUGAGCGACGGGAGACCGGUGAUGGACGUGACCAGCAGCGAUUACGGCUUCCCGAAUUAUUUGGGCCCGGCCAAUUAUCAGAUGCAGUACGUUAAUUACAUGGAACAGGUGCCCAUGGACCAAAAUCUGCAACGAUUGUGGUAGGGGAUCGAACAGGUCUCGUCGUUUCGCUGUAGUUGAACUUGUGUUCUUUGAUCAAGGUUUACCGAACAGAUUCAAAUUUGUCAAAAGCUGUAAAUUGAAGAUGUUCUGUGGAAUUGGGAGGAGAAGAUAUCCGAAUGAAUCCAAGAUCACAAAGAUCGGUGUUUCCCAAUUUUCUUUAUUGAUAAUAUUGAUUACAAUUAGCACCAGUUAUAAAUUCAUAAUUAAUAAAUUAAUUGGUGAGAGUAAUCACAAAUUUUAUUAUGAAAACUUUCGAUUAUCUAUUUACCUGUUCGAUGAAUUACGUUAUAAUCUAUCGUACAGAUAUUGGAAAAAAUAUUACAAGUUUGUUGUAAAAAAAUUAAUAUUAAAUAUUUUUCUUAAUAUAAAUCAAUAUAAAAAAGAAACGUCACAGCUUUGUUCGAUUAUCACAAAAGGAUAUUUCAAAAAAAAGAAACGUUGGGAAACACUGUACCACUGUUUGAAAUCAUAACAAAAUCAAAAUGAUUCGCACGCUUUUUUUAUUCGAAUGAACGAACGAGAAACUAUAUACAGUGGCUACAAAAAAUAUUCGCCCAUAAUUAUAACACUGUAACGUUUAUUAUAUUAUAAUUAAUUAGAUAUUAUAAUUCAUAUCAUUUAUUAGUACGUAUUUUCAUGUAGCUAUUAAAAUUUGAUAUUAUGAAAAUAAAAUGUAGAAUAUGAUAAUGAAAAAGAAAAAAUAAUUGAAAAUUAAGGGUAUGUUUUAUAGCCACUAUAUAUACAUAUACAUAUAUAAAACGAUUUACACUCCUGAGCCUGGAGUAUCUCCAUAAUGGCGAAGGAUGGAGAACCAUAGGACAAACGGGUACCUUAACAGGUAGCCAAAAAGUUCAUUAGUGCACCUUUUAAUCACCGCGAUAGCUUUAAGUUAGAGAUAGAUAGCAAAGCCUAUAGGCAGCUGUGUUUCAUUUUUUCUUAUUUUUUUUUUUCUUCGUUCUCUUUUAGUUAGGUAAGAUAUCCUCUCUCAAAUAGUAACGCGCCGCUCAAGAGGCCUGAACGGAAAUUGCUUCAAGUGGCUUUUGCGGAAACAUCAGUUACUACGUAUUCCGCAGACCUCGUGUUUCUCGUGAUUCUAUUUUUUUUUUUUUCCUUUCGAUAAUUCGAUUCGUUUUAUUCGAUAAACUUGUUUACAGUCAGUAGAAUCGUAUAGUUACGAUCACAAUUUCUUUUUUUUUUUGGUUCAGAAAGUUAUAAUGUAUGUACCAGAUGUUUAUAUUUGUUUACAAGAGAACAAGGAAGAUGACAAUAAAUAAAACGAAAGGAAUGAUUAAA